AUGUUUCGUGUUUUUUUGCUGUCGACGAUUUGCCAGAGUUUGGCUUUAGCGAAAGUAUCAGAUCUCUAUGUGUGGAGUACUGGAGAUGUUUCAGUUUACUAUGAUGGUCGGAAAGUUGGAGACGUCUACAAGCCCCACCCACAUGUCAAUCAAAUGCCGUUUAAUGAUGAAAUCAACGUCCUAUCAAUUGAAGUCAAAGGAGCUCUCCCUUCAAAUGUUGGUCUCCUAGCUUCCACAACAGAUGGCGUUUUAUUUACUGAUAAUAGGUGGCAGUGUAGAUCGAAAUUUUCCUCCCAAGAAGAAUUGAAGACGUGGUUGAGCAGCAGCAGUAGCAGCAGUGACCAUCCAUCAUCAGCAGAUGACCAAACAGGAUCUGAUAACAACAUUCUCUCGGUCUUUCCAAUGCGUAUGAAUCCAGAAACUAUAAACAUUUCCUCCAAUGCUCGUCUCAUCUGGUCUGCAGGCUUCACUAAACUUAAUCUGAAAAUGUCAACUGAUAAAGUUGAAAAAGUUGUCUCCUCUGGCGUCGUUAUGGAAGCUGUUAAAAAUAAGAAAAGAUCGAUUAGGAAGAGAAGAGGUGUGCUGGCCGUAGCUGAUGAGAAUGUCCUGCCAGUUGACGUUAGCUGCAAGAUCGUUAUAGAUAAAUAUCCGGUUUUGAAAAGAGCCCUCUAUGAUCCUUUAAAGAAUAAAAUAUUUCCUGGAAAAAUGAGGCUAAGAAUAAUUGCCCAGGGUAAAAUCCAAGCCUUUCAAGAUGGCGCCUGUUUCUUUACUGAUAAAAAGGAUGAGCUGAAGAAAGUUGAGAAACUUGCCGCUACUGUGAAAAAAGAUGAGCGAGAAAAGCGUGACAUCAACCUGAACAGCAACAUCAACGAGAAUCAACAGCCACAGCAGCAGCCACCACAGCAGCAACCGCAACAGCCACAACAAUCUCAAGAACAGCAACAACCUCAUUCCUCCACUUCUCUACCGAACAUAAACAUUCUUGAUGUAGACAUUGACAACAGGGCUGAUGUCUUGUCAAUUUUCGUUGACAGGAGAGCCUCGGACUUGAGAGAUUUACCUGCCAUGCCGUCAUCACUGUCCGAUACAUUUUUCGGCCUGUACGUUGAAUCUGAAGACGGUAGAAUCUCAACCCUGCCGUCAACGAUGCUUCCAUCCGCCGGCGACCAUAAAUCUGAAAUUGAUGAUGACGAGGACGGCAGCAGCAGCAGUGCAGCAGCUGCUCUGAGUAGCGAAGAGAAGGAGAAGAAAAAAUCUGAAGAAAGAAAAAAACGCGGCGUUGAAAAUACGGCCGCGACAGCUGCAGUCGAAACCGCGGACGGCGUGGCGAGUAGAUGGAAGUGUGUGGAUAACGUUGGCGCCACUCGUGGUGGAGCCGCUGAACCCUGGCAGACGAUUCACUACUACGACAAGAUGUGGAAGGACGCCACGCUCUACAAGAUGGAGAAGAUAAAUCGCGCUCAUCCUGAUAACGAUGUUUCCGCUCGUGGCCUAAGUACUGAUAAUGAUGUCAACAAUCAUCAUCAUCGUAACCACCGAGGCGGCGCUGCCGUUAAUAACGAUGACGGCGUUCCGAAUUCGUUCAUCUGGAGUGGAGAGCACCCGUGGAGCAAGCAGAUGUACUGCAGAUAUCUCAUACCGCACAAGCUGAUUUCGUUGAAGACAGGGCAAGGACAGGAGGAGAAGGAGAAGAGCCAACUGCAGAUAGAGAAAGACGAUGCAACGGUAAGACACGCCAGAGAUAACCAACUCCCGCCAGCAUCAAAUGCAGAUGCUGCCGUCAGUCCUAGCUCUGAAAGUAUAGUAAUAAAAGCCAGUGGACGUCUGGAGCUGCUGUUAGACGAAACGACACUUGCUUACAGCAGCAUGAACAGCGGGAAGACAUCAGUUGGAAAGUAUUCCUUCGAUGUGCCAUACGGCGACCACUGCUUGAGUAUUUUAGUGAGCCAGCCACAGCAGCAGCCACAGCAACAACCAGCAACCACAAACGAGGAGCCAGUCGGCGAACUAAAAUUCAAAGUAAUUUCUAGUAAAGGUUACUUCGGCACCAAUGACAGUCUUUGGUGGAGAUGUUCUACUGUAAAAAACAACCCCAACAGCCAAAAUGCUUCUUCUACAAAUGUUGCAGCAACUAAAGAUGCUGCUGUUGACUCGCACAGGCAACAACAACAACAAUCUGCCAUGAAGAAAAAUGACCAUGAAGACGACGACGAUGACAAUGGUGGCGAAAAAUUCUGGAUCGUUCUUGGCGGGAAAAAAGCAGACGAUGACGACGAAAAAGACGAUGCCCUGUAUUGCACCACUUGUGAGAAUGUCGGUCCGGAUGCUAAAAGACUAACGAAAGCUGAUGAGAUGGCGAAGAAGAGAUUAAUUCGGAUGGAGAAGGACCAGCUAGAACAACUAUUAAAUGGUUCCUUGCUAGACCAACCAGUGCCAACUGAGUCGGUUCAAGAUGUGAAUUUCAUUGAUGAUUUGAAAGAAGGUGGCAUCGAACAACAGCAACAACAACUGCAAAUGAUGAAAAGGAGACUUAACAAAAGAUCAGUCGCUCAAUCAUCCGAACAGCAGCAGCAACAGCAGCAGCAGCAGGAGAAAGACAAGGAACAAGGCGAAGAGAAGAGGUUGAACAGAAGAACUCGUUUUGUCGACCAGAGCGACAUAAUGGAGGUGAAAAACCGUGUGAGAGGAAUCUUGCGCAGCAUGUGGUACAAGGAGAAAAUAAUGACGGAAGAAAUGUUCCACCUACUUGGCAGACUCAACAUCGAACUGGACAAGAUGACCGAAACUCCUCCAGAGCCACCGCAUGCCGCCUACGACGACACCACCGACUUUGAUCGCCUAUCUCGCCUGCCUGAAUUUAGAGAGAGACUGGAAGCUGCAAGUCGUCACGGCCACCCACACUCCACACCCCCUCCGCUAGACGAGAAGUUCAAAGAUGAAGAUGACUACUUGAUGUUCCUGGCUGAGAACAAUCCCGAAAAGGCCAUGUCCAAGUACAUGGACUCCAUGAAGACUGACAAGGCUUACCCCUUCCCUGAAGAACCAGCUGGCACGUUUCCUUACAAGAGGGGCAGAGGGAGAGGAAGGAAUAGGGAUAGGGAGGAGAGGGAGUUUUGA